GUAUUGGGGAGUUACACUUGCGGGAAUAAACCUCCAAAAUCCCUCACUUCAACAAAAUCCUGUGCGGAUUCUUGUCCCGCGCCGACCUCUAAUUGCAUAUUUAUCUUUUUACUUUUUCUAUUUUUAAGGCAUGUGAAAUUUUUUUUUAAACAAAAUUCCCAAAUUAUGAUUAUUCUGUUCUACAAGUUUGCACUAAUAUUUGUUUAUUGUUAUGCUGAAGUUUCUCAUUCAAAUAAAAAUUCUUUUGAUAAAUCAACCCCAGAUACUUUGAGCAAUAAAAAGGAGGAACUAAAUGUGAAUUCUUUUUAUAAAGAAUAUCCUUUACUAUUAAAAAUCAAAAAACGUGAACAAGAAGCAGCUUUAAGAACUAUUUUGACCAAAAACAAGGAUGAAAAACAAUUGAUGCUUCGACAACUUUUUGUUCGUAUCUUUGAAACAAUUAAAGAAUCUAAACAAUUAUUAUUUAAAUACAACGAAAAUGAAGAGGGGGAUUUUACUAAAUUGGCAACAGAUAAAGAAUCUCGUGAACAUUUUGCUAGAAUUGUUGAAAAUACAAUUUUUCUUGCUGGAUUGACUUUGUAUUUUCCCAAAUAUGCUUUAUAUUAUGUUAACAAAGAUGUGAAUUUUCAUCAAAUUUAUUCAUGGUCAAACAACUUUUGUUCGAAUUUGACAUUUUUGGAUUUAGAAACAAAAGAAUUGCUCAAUUUGGCUGCUCAAGAAAUUGAAAUAAUUCCAAAAUCUGAAAACUUCUUCAAUCCUUACAAAGAUAUUUCAAGUUUAACAGAAAAGGAAGAAAUGCAACGUGAAGCUCUUAAAGAAAUGAAAGAAAGAGAAAUGGCAAAGAAAAUGGAAAAAUCAAAUAAACCAAAAAAGAAGAAAAAUAAUAAAAGUGAUUCAAUGAAGAGUGAAUUGUGA